AUGGAUGACAAUUAUCCAACCUCAUUUCAUUACGAACAAUCUGAUUUUGGCUCUCCAUCAUAUAAUACUAGUAUUCCUUCUUUAUUCGCAAAACCUCCUUUUAUUCCGACAAUUAAUAUCGAAAGUUUAGUUUCAGAACCAAAUAGAGAUCAUCCUUAUAAUGCUUUCAAAAUUUAUUGUAAAGAGCUUCGUUCGCGAGGAAUUACUCUCAAUAAUAUUAUAUCACUAUUUUGGAUUCAUGAACAGCCAACUGUGAAACUAGUAUAUGCAAAUCUUGCAAAUACUGCAAACCGUCUAUAUACAGAAAAGUGGCCUCAUUUAAUAAGAUAUCGAUAUCAACAAUUACCAGUUAAUCAAUCAUUACCUUCCGCUGAUACCACAAGAACAAUUUCGACUCAUUCAAUAAAUAAUUCUGCAUCUUCUACUCCGGCAAUAGAAACAAGGGAUUUACAUUAUGAAUCGAAUACUAAUCCUUAUCAAGAGAUUGUUAAUCCAUUAGAUAUUUGUAAUCAAAUCGACUUGACACCACCUAACGAGGAUCUGAACAAACGACCUGCGUCUAAAACCAAUAGAAUUAAUAAACGACCUACGUCCAAAAUCAAUAGAAUUAACAAGCGACUUACGUCUAAAACCAAUAGAACUAACACUUCCGCAGCUUGUAAUCUUUGUAAAAAGUCAAAAGUUAGAUGUAAAUAUUCAGACAAUGGCCCAUGUGAACGAUGCGUUAAGAAAGAGCACGAAUGCAAAUUCAGUCCCCAACAAAAGAGAGGUCCUCAAAAAAGUAGGUCGGAUAUAAACAAUUGUGCAGUUGUUCAAAAAUUGGAUAAAUACUAUAAAGAUUUUAUGCAAAAAGUCAAUAAACAUGGAUAUUGUGUAGAUAAUGUUGUCAUUCGUCCAGGUACAUCAAACCAAGUUGAUGCUUUACAAAUUUUGACAUCACCUAUUGAAGAGUUCACAGCAUACACAUCGGUCAAUUAUGAAAGUGGAAUAUCUAAUAAUUCUUCAAUUUUAUCACCUGGUGACAGUAUCUAA